AUGACGUGGCCCGUGGUCAAACACGGGGUCCUGGAGCUGUUCCAAGCGUCGCUGGAUGAAGGCACAUUGCCCAAGCAGUGGAGACAUGCGAAGAUCAUACCGCUCAAAAAACCGAACAAAGAGAACUAUACGAUUGCGAAGGCCUGGAGGCCGAUUUCACUCCUCGCGACACUGGGCAAGGUGCUGGAAUCAGUCAUCGCAGAAAGAAUCUCACACGCGGUGGAAACCUACGGCCUACUUCCGACUAGCCACUUUGGGGCUCGUAAGCAGCGGUCAGCGGAGCAAGCUCUCUUACUUUUGCAAGAGCAAAUCUACGCGGCAUGGCGUGGCCGACGGGUCUUGAGCCUGAUCAGCUUCGAUGUCAAAGGAGCCUACAAUGGGGUCUGUAAGGAGCGAUUGCUCCAGAGGAUGAAAGCGCGAGGUAUACCGGAGGUCCUGCUUCGGUGGGUCGAAGAGUUCUGCUCGGAGCGAACGGCGACCAUCCAUAUCAAUGGGCAAGCAUCUGAGGCCCAAAGCCUCCCACAGGCUGGACUGCCUCAGGGUUCUCCCCUGUCCCCGAUCCUGUUCCUCUUCUUCAACGCAGAUCUCGUACAGCGACAGCUCGACGGCCAGGGAGGCGCGAUUGCCUUCGUGGAUGACUUUACCGCGUGGGUGACCGGACCGACUGCGCAGAGUAACCGGCACGGUAUUGAAACAAUCGUCAAUGAAGCACUCGACUGGGAAAGAAGAAGUGGAGCGACUUUUGAAGCAGAGAAAACUGCCAUCAUACACUUCGCCCCUAAGGCGCACAAGUUGGACUCGGAGCCAUUCACUAUCAAGGGAGAGACCGUUGAACCAAGAGACCAUGUCAAGGUUCUUGGCGUCAUAAUGGACACGAGACUCAAAUACAGGGAACAUAUCGCGAGGGCAGCGUCCAAGGGACUCGAGGCGGCGAUAGAGCUUCGGCGGCUUCGGGGUCUAUCCCCCGCAACAGCGCGGCAGCUAUUCACAUCGACCGUGGCCCCGGUGGUGGACUAUGCCUCCAAUGUCUGGAUGCACGCAUGCAAGAAUAAGAACAUCGGGCCGAUCAACAGAGUGCAAAGGGUAGGAGCGCAAGCGAUUGUCGGGACAUUCCUCACAGUUGCCACCAGCGUAGCGGAAGCCGAGGCUCACAUCGCCACGGUGCAACACCGGCUCUGGAGACGAGCUGCGAAGAUGUGGACCGAUAUGCACACCCUACCGGUAACUAAUCCCCUCCGCAGGAGUACUGCUCAGAUCAAGAAAUUCAGAAGAUACCACCGUUCGCCUUUGUAUCAGGUCGCCGACGCGCUGAAGACCAUUGAGAUGGAAACCCUGGAAACCAUCAAUCCAUUCACACUGGCACCGUGGGAAGAACGGGUGCAGAGCGAUAGUUAUGAUGUACCGGAGACACAGACCGAAGCGGGCGGAGCCAUGCGAAUCGCGGUCAGCAGUUCGGCGCGGAAUGAAAUGGUAGGAUUUGGCGUGGCGAUUGAGAAGCAGCCACCUCGGUAUCGAAAACCGAGGCUGAAAACUUUAUCCGUCACGCUGGGCGCAAGGACCGAGCAGAACCCAUACUCCGGCGAAUUGGCAGCAAUGGCAUACGCACUGGGCACGCUACGGGGACUGAAACGGUGCAGGGUCACGCUGCUCACGAGCAACAAAGCCGCGGCUCUCACGCUGAAGAAUCCUCGACAACAAUCGGGCCAGGAACACAUCUGCCAAACAUACAAGCUGAUCAAGAGACUACGGAAGCACGAGAACCGCAUCAGCAUCUGUUGGGUCCCGACCAGCGAAGGUAAUCAACUGCUAGGCCUAGCGAAAGAGCAGGCUCGGGCCGCGACGCAAGAGGAUGCUACCCCGCAAGCGCAGGUCCCACGGAUGAAGUCGACAACACUGAACAUCUCACGACCCCAAGCAGUCCCCAAAAAGUGCCUGCCAGAGAAUGUAGGGAAACACUCCAAACGAGUGGAUGCAGCACUCCCAGGAAAACAUACCCGGCAGUUGUAUGAUCGAUUAUCGUGGAAAGAAGCGAGCGCGCUGGCCCAACUCCGGACUGGCAUGGCUAGACUCAACGGAUAUCUCCAUCGAAUCAAUGUCGCAGAGUCAGAUCAAUGCGCAUGUGGACAAGCCAGAGAGACCGUGGAGCACUUCCUCUUUCGAUGUCAGAGGUGGACCACACACCGGACGGAAAUGCUGCAAUGUACCCAUACUCACCGAGGCAACAUAUCUUUUUUCCUAGGCGGAAAAUCGCCUUUGGAUGACCAGAACUGGAAGCCGAAUUUGGAAGCAGUGCGAGCCACAAUACGGUUUGCAAUCGCCACGGGCCGACUCGACACCGCUUGA